GAUGCGCAUUCCAAAUUCUGGGCAGCGUAUAAAACUGAGUCUGGCCAGUAUGAUGACGACAUGUUAGAGAGGUGUAAUGGAAAUAUGGAUAUAGUCCUGAUCUUCGCUGGUCUAUUCUCCGUUGUCAUUAUCGCGUUCAUCAUUGCAAUGCAGCCAAAUCCUAUUGACACCACCAACGUUCUGUUGGUACAGCUUAUCCAGAAUAUAUCGGAUGGUCGUUCUGCUACCCAGCCAAUCAUCUUUCCAUCAUCUACGGGUUUCUCUUCUUCCAAAUUAUGGAUGCAGGCGCUUGCAUACGCGAGCCUUGCAUCUAAUCUUCUUGCUGCCUAUAGCGCUGUCAUGGGCAAGCAAUGG